UGGCGGCGGCGGCGGUGGAGGUGGUGGCGGGGGAAUCAGCGACGGGGAGGUAAAAACCAACGACAAGCAACACCAAAGUGGAGUUUGUGGGGGUCGCCCGAAAACACGUAGAUAAACGCGACCAUUGGUUUCCCAGAUCUCUAGGAUCUCAGAAUUUUAGGCAUUUUUGGUGUUUGCUCUGUUUCUCGAGGAAAACACUCUCAUUCACGUCCGCAUUCUCGUCUUUCUUAGCCGUUUGUCCUGGCUCAGGCGGUGCUUAUCCCUCUAGCUUUGAUUCUCAGUGUCUUUUUCUAAGCUAGGCGUUUUGUGAGCCAGUGGUUUUUAGCAUCUGGGUCUUUUGAGUUACAUGGAGUUAUUGUUGAGGGGUCAGUGAAAACGUGAAGUUUAUUUGAAAAAAGGAGGCAAAAGAGAAGGGGGGGAAAAGGUACGGGAGAGAAUCAUUCAUUCCUGUCGUGGCAUUGGAGGUUCUUGUUCUGGAGCUUUCAUUCUUUCUUUCUUUUUGACCGGAAUAAGGGAAAGGGAUUAGUUUGCAGGGGCUGCAACUGAAAAUGGCUUGCCUUUUGGUUUCUCGUGGUGGUUUUGAGAAGUGGGUGCGAGAGGUUUUGAAGAGGAAGUGAAGUAUCGGGAAGUGUGAGAAGAAAGUAUGGAGUUCGAGAGAAGAGUGAUGCUGUGGAGAGUGAGAUGUUUUCUUGUUUUGGCAUUGUUGGGGAGUUGCUCUGCUUCUCUUUCUCCUGCUGGUGUUAACUAUGAAGUUAUGGCUUUGAUGGCAAUAAAAAAUGCUCUCCAUGACCCCUACAAUGUUUUGGAGGGUUGGGAUGUAACUUCUGUGGAUCCUUGUAGCUGGAGGAUGGUCACUUGCACAGCCGAGGGCUUCGUUUCAUCUUUGGGACUUCCGAGUCAGAGCUUAUCAGGAACCUUGUCUCCAGAAAUUGGGAACUUAACGAACUUGCAAUCUGUGUUGCUGCAGAAUAAUUUCAUCGCGGGUCCUAUUCCAGCAACAAUAGGAAAUCUACAGAAGCUUCAGACACUCGAUCUGUCCAGUAACACAUUUAGUGGAGAAAUACCUGGUUCUCUAGGGGACCUGAGGAACCUGAAUUACCUUCGGUUGAACAACAACAGUCUCACUGGAUCCUGCCCAGAGACGUUGUCUAAUAUCGAGGGCCUCACUCUUGUAGACUUUUCAUUUAACAAUUUGAGUGGUUCUUUGCCAAAAAUAUCAGCAAGAACUUUUAAAAUCAUUGGCAACCCUCUAAUAUGUGGACCCAAAGCUGGCAACAACUGUACUUCUGUCUUUCCUGAACCACUCUCUUUUCCACCAGAUGUUUUAAAAGAUCAACCAGAUUCUGGAUCAAAAAGUCAUCACAUGGCGAUUGCUUUUAGUGCAAGCUUUGGUGGUGCCUUCUCUGCAGUCAUUGUCAUCGCUUUACUAAUUUGGUGGCGUUACAGACGGAAUCAACAAGUUUUCUUUGAUGUUAACGACCAAUACGACCCUGAGGUUUGCUUGGGACAUUUGAGAAGGUAUACAUUUAAGGAACUGAGGGCUGCAACGGACCAUUUCAACUCGAAGAACAUUUUAGGGAGAGGUGGAUUCGGGAUUGUGUACAAGGGAUGCCUCAAUGAUGGUACUAUAUUAGCUGUCAAAAGGUUGAAGGACUAUAACACUGCAGGAGGUGAAAUCCAAUUUCAGACAGAAGUGGAAAUGAUAAGCCUGGCUGUUCAUCGGAAUCUUCUCAGGCUUUGUGGCUUCUGCUCAACGGAGAACGAAAGACUCCUUGUGUACCCCUACAUGCCGAAUGGAAGUGUAGCUUCUCGCUUAAGAGAUCAUAUUCAUGGGAAGCCAGCUUUGGACUGGUCAAGGCGAAAGAGGAUUGCCUUAGGUACAGCUAGGGGAUUGGUUUAUUUACAUGAACAGUGCGACCCUAAAAUUAUUCACCGUGAUGUUAAAGCAGCCAAUAUUUUGCUCGAUGAAGACUUUGAGGCUGUUGUUGGAGAUUUUGGGUUGGCGAAGCUUUUAGAUCACAGGGACUCCCAUGUGACAACUGCGGUGCGUGGCACGGUAGGCCAUAUUGCUCCUGAGUACUUAUCAACAGGCCAAUCAUCUGAAAAAACAGAUGUAUUUGGGUUUGGUAUCUUGCUCCUCGAGCUCAUCACAGGUCAAAAAGCUCUAGAUUUUGGACGAGUGGCGAACCAGAAAGGAGUCAUGCUUGAUUGUGUAAACAAGUUACACAAGGAUGGAAAACUAAGCCAACUGGUAGACAAAGAUCUAAGGACCAAUUUUGACAGGAUUGAAUUGGAAGAGAUAGUCAAGGUUGCUCUUCUAUGUACCAAGUUCAAUCCAUCCGAGCGCCCCAAGAUGUCUGAAGUACUCAGGAUGUUGGAGGGUGAUGGUUUAGCUGAGAAAUGGGAGGCUUCUCAGAAGGUAGAGACGCCAAGGUUCAGAUCGUGCGAAAACCCAACUCCUAGAUACUCGGAUUUCAUCGAAGAGUCUUCACUUGUGGUAGAAGCAAUGGAGCUUUCUGGUCCUAGGUGACGGAUAAGUCCCCUCUUCCGCACGCGUUUCCGUACACAUCAUCUGGGUCGCAGAGGUUCGAAUGAAUGAAGGUUGUCGUCGCCUUUGUCGAUAGAGCUCAGUGAAUGUAUUUAGUCUGUAUAAAAGGUAAAAGGAAAGUCGUGUACAAGCUUGAAUGUUCUUCGCAAGGAAUCGAUUUCAGCUGGUUGAGCUUUUUGUCAAGAAAAUUUUGACAUACGUAAACGAGAGUUCACUGUAAGUAUUAUUCCCCUACUGAUCUAACCAAUUAGUUCUGGUUCGC